CUCCUUUCAAAAUUACAGAAUGUUAAUUCAUCUCUGAAAAUAAUGAGUUCGUAUGACUUGAUGUGUGUGUGGUUGUUAAUAUGUUAUCUCAAUCACUCACAUUAACUCUUCCGUGUUUGUUUUCUCUGAAUUUGAUGCGUUGAGAGCUGAUCAGUAAAAUUUUGUUACGUGGAAAACUGUAUAUUUUUUUUUACUGAAAACGAAAACUGUUUGCGCAUGAUUUUGUGAUUGUCAAACAUGGCAGCAAUGGAAUCUGUGAUUGAUUUAUGUUUUUUACAAUUGAGGGGUGAAAUUAUCAAAUUAUAGAUCUCUUUUCAUACUCAAUUGGUGACCUUAUUAUGAUGGAGUUUUGAGGAUAAAUUUCAGUGAUUAGAAUUAGGAGAUUGGAUUUUAGUAGAUUUGUUCAUGUAUCAAACUAAAUCUGCAUAUUUUCAAGUAUGAGAUGAGUCAACUUUUCUCAAGGUGUUCUUGCUUCAUGAAAUUUCACUAGUUUAUGAUUACCUACCAUCCAUGGAUCGAUUUUCGGGGUAAAUUGGUAAGAGGGAAUGUUACUGUCGCGUUAAGGGUUGUUUCGUGUAUGAAUUGGAUGGUGCCAAAUAAUAGAUGUAAGAUGGAAGGAAUUAAGGAUUCAGAGGUAGAUGAUGGCCAUGUUUGUAUAGAGUUUUAUCUCUAAAUGAAUGAUGUGUUUUGAUUCCUAAGACCGAUAUGCAUAUAUCCGUUUCCUGGUCCUUAUGUGUAGUAGUAUGAUACAAAUCAAGAUCAAGAAAUCAUACUUUGCUAUCUGUUUAAUUUCAUUAGAGUUUUACAAUCUCUAACUCCAGUCACGACGCGUUAUCCUGUUCUUUUUUUUUCCAGGUGAAUGAACUGCAAGGACUCUGUGUUCAGUUUCUUGAAUUGUGCAGAUACUUGAGGUUAAUGAUACCUUCCAAUAGUAAUUUUUCGAUGAGGAUGCAUCUAUAAAUACUCAGAACGUUGCUCGAAAGAAGUUAAAGAAAUGGAUAGAUCCGACACAUCUGGUUUUGUGAGUGGCGGGGGCAGCUUGUAUGUUCGUGUUUUCUUCAUAUUAAUCUAUAGAUUAUAGUACUUGUGAUCAUAGUCUUUUAAGCUGCCAUUUCAUUCCUUCGAAAAAGUAAUAUUUUAAGUUAAUAAGAUCAACAACAACAUGCAUCCUUCCUUCUACUCUGAGUUUGUUAAGAAUUGUAAUGGCGGAGACACUACUCUGCGGUUGAAUGCCUUUGCUUAUGUGUCAAAUGAAGCUUCCAUGUUUGGAAGUAGUGAAAUGAGUGCUGGUGGUCAAGGUACUUACAUAAACAAUCCCGAUGAUGGAUGCAAGUUAGUACUUGGACUGGGACCAACUCCCAGUUCAUAUUCCGAUAGCUACUCGCUUCCUAAGGAUGACAGUACUAAAGAUCUUGCACCUGUAUACACCUCGGGACAUGACUCAAUGUUGAAGCUUGGUCUUUCUGGAAGUGCUGAUGUAGUUUCUGAUGCACUCAAUGUUCAAGCUUCAGUACAGCUCGGUGAUGAGGGCUCUACUUCUUGCAAGAAAUCGGGUGGCUAUAUGAGGAGCCUUGUUAUGGCCCCAAGAGUGGAAGAUGCCAACAGGUUGUUGACAAAAAAUAAAACUACAGAAGUUGGUGCAAAAUCCACUUUCCAUCUUACUCGGCCGAGUUCUGAGCCUUCGCCUUCAUCUUUCUCUGAUCGCUCCAUGAGUGCCGUGUCUGAGCCUAGAAGUGCUUCGGAAUCAUCACAUCAGAGGGCUGUAAAUUCAAGAAGAUGCAAGUUUGAUGGAUGUAUAAAAGGAGCACGGGGGACAACAGGUCUGUGCAUUGGGCACGGGGGCGGACAUAGAUGCCAGAAGCCCGGAUGCAACAAAGGUGCAGAAAGCCGAACAGCCUUCUGCAAAGCACAUGGAGGAGGGAGACGGUGCCAUCAGCUUGGAUGCACGAAAAGUGCUGAGGGAAAGACGGACCACUGCAUUGCCCACGGUGGGGGGAGGCGCUGUGGAUUCUCGGGAGGGUGCACUAAAGCAGCGAGAGGGAAAUCCGGCCUUUGCAUAAGGCAUGGUGGGGGUAAGAGGUGUAAGGUGGAGAGCUGCAUCCGAAGUGCUGAGGGACAGACCGGUUUGUGCAUCUCUCACGGUGGUGGGAGACGUUGCCAAGUCACUGGCUGCACUAAAGGCGCGCAGGGGAGUACCAUGUUCUGCAAGGCUCAUGGUGGUGGGAAGAGAUGCAUAUUCGCAGGCUGCACGAAGGGCGCUGAGGGGAGUACGCCCCUCUGCAAAGGGCACGGUGGUGGGAAGCGCUGCCUGUUCGAUGGAGGAGGGAUCUGCCCGAAGAGUGUGCACGGAGGGACAAGUUUCUGCGUUGCACAUGGCGGGGGGAAGAGGUGCUCUGUUCCUGGAUGCACUAAAAGCGCCCGUGGCAGGACUGAUUGUUGCGUGAAGCACGGAGGGGGGAAGCGUUGCAAGGUCGAAAACUGUGGGAAGAGCGCUCAGGGUAGUACCGACUUCUGCAAGGCCCACGGUGGGGGGAAGAGGUGUAACUGGGGCGAGGGGAAAUGCGAGAAGUUUGCCCGGGGAAAGAGCGGUCUGUGUGCUGCACACUGCACCCUGGUCCGGGGGAGGGAGGCGAGCAGAGGCGGAAUGAUAGGCGCGGGGCUCUUCCACGGCUUGGUGAGCCUCGAUAAGGCGCGUUCGUCAUCAGGUGGGAGCGUGAUCACGGACUCAACCAACUCGGUCGAGAGGGCCGCCAAGCGGCAGAAGCUCAUCCCGCCUCAGGUACUGGUUCCUUUGUCGAUGAAGGCCUCGACACUCCAAAGGAGCGCGGGGGCUGGCGAGGACGCGCCAACGAGCUUUGGUUUCGCGGGCCCGGAGGGGAGAGUACAUGGUGGUGGACUCCUUUCGUUGCUUGGUGGAGACCUCAAUAGUGCCAUAACUGGGAUUUGAUGUCUCACAAACUUCUUCUUAUUAAGAUUUGUAUAAAUUCUUGGAAUAAUAAUGUAAUGUGUGGUAUGUAAUAUAUGGUGCAAGAGGAAUGCUAUUUUGUAGAUGCAUUUGAAUAUUUAAUAAAACUUGUAAUUAUGCUGAAGAAUUAAAAUAACUUGUAUUAUUGUUUCAUAAUUAUAUUUUUCUUUUUGCAUUGAUAGCUACUA